GACCAAACUGUGAAAAAAGUACUGAGUGAACUUUCUAAAAACAUUCUACUUCACUAGUGAGAUGGCACCACUAUCAAACAAAAUAGUCAAUGGUAUUUUAGCUGUGGCAAUUACAGUAUUACAUAUUACCAUCAUCACAACGGUUUUAUCAAAGUCAAAGCUUCGUAAAAUCAGAUCACAUAAGUACAUCGUGCAUUUAUCGUGCGGAAUUUUGGUAGCAGGACGAAUUUUGAUUGGAUUUGCAACAGAAACUGAUUGGUUCACACCUGUGCCAUAUUUACAUAUCAAUUUAGGCAUCAUCACGUUCACAUUAGAUCGGUUUCUUUCCAUACAGUUUCCAUUGAGGUACACAAAUUGGAGAAAGGAAAAUUAUGUCUUGUUUUUUCUUUGGUUUGCAACUGUUAUAGCGAGCAUUGGUUAUUAUGUAACAAAAUCAACAGAAAAAUCACUACAACAGAACGAGAAUAAAAUGACAGUAUUUGUAAUUGUAACUGGGCUGGUUAUAUUUAUCUCAAUCUUGUCCAAUGCCAUACUGUUCCACAUAGCGAGAAAGCAGUUACGGGGAAUUCAGAAAAUACAGAUUCUAUCAGAAACGAGAAACAGCGAAAUAGAUACAAAUCCACUCAACACAUCAAGCAUGUCCAGACGAACCAUGCAAGUGAGAGAAAUCAAACAAUUUUACAUCUGUUUUGGUUUCAUCAUAACUUACGUAUUAGCCUGGUCGCCUCCAGUCGUAACGAAAUUCGCAGAGCUAGCAUUAAAUAUCGAAUCUUCUUUGAUGUGUUUCACCUGGAUGGUAACGUUUGCCAACAUCAAUUCUCUUUCGGAUGGAUUCAUUUUCAUUGCUUUAAACAAAACGUUGAGAAAAGCUUGUACAUCAUUUUUCUGUAAAGUGACAGUUCCCAUGAAAUAAGCAUUGCAUUUAUACCUACACUGUCAAGCGUUUUCACGAAAACUAAUUUUUAGAAAAAAACUUUUAGCCAGGACAUUCUCAUCCACACACACCUCUACUAUUAAUAUUUGAAAUUUUUGCCAACGAGGAUUAUGUAUUUUAUUGAUAAUUUAAUUUUGUUAUUCUGUUAUAAAAUUGAUGUUGUUUUUACUGUUUUUAAAGAUGUUAAAUGUUUCCAGUAAUAAUAUUUCGAAAAUUAAAAACCAAAUUAAAACAAAAUAUCUGAUAGAAUAUAUUGGACGUC